ACCGAUUCAAAAUGGCGCCGGUGUUGUUUUGAUGAAUAAGAGACUUUGUGUCAAAGGCAGGGCCUCCCUCAUAGAGGCCACGGGGCAUUGGGGAAAAUAAAAGAAAAGCAUCUCCCUUCCCCCCUUUCUCUGAUCAGCAGUAACGUUUAUUUAUGUUUGUUAAAAUAGUUUGAGAUAAACUAUGCACUUUUGUUGAAAAAAGUAAGGUUUUAACGAAAAGGAACAAUAUACUGAAAGAAUGGAAGAACUUAGUGCUGAUGAGAUUCGUAGAAGACGUCUGGCACGGCUGGCUGGUGGACUGACUUCACAACCCAGCACUCCGCUUACCUCCCCACAGCGAGAAAAUCCACCCGGAGUGUCUGCAGCAACACCAGGCAUAUCUCAAAAUAUGGCCCUGAGUGUACAGAGCAUGACUCCUGCCACAUCCCCUAUUGGAGCAACAGGUGUUGCACAUAGGAGCCAGAGCAGUGAAGGGGUGAGCUCUCUCAGCAGUUCCCCGUCAAAUAGUCUUGAAAACCAGUCUCAGAGUCUCUCCCGAUCUCAGAGUAUGGAUAUCGAUGGUGUGUCCUGUGAGAAAAGCAUGUCUCAAGUGGAUGUAGACUCAGGAAUUGAAAAUAUGGAAGUUGAUGAGGGUGAUCGACGGGAAAAAAGGAGUUUGACUGAUAAGGAACCCUCAUUGGGCUCAGAUGUGUCAGAAGAACAAGCACUUUUGCUAAUAUGUAAAAUCUUCCGGGUCUCUUGGAAGGAGCGUGAUAGGGAUGUAAUCUUCUUACCUGGUUUGGCUGCAGAGUUUAAACAGAAUGCAAAAGAAGUUUUUUCAGAUUGGAAAGACUUGAUUGGCCAGAUUCUAAUGGAGGUUCUGAUGCUGUCCACUCAAAUGCCUGAAGACAACCCAUUUGCCAGUCUGACUGCCACCUCUCGACCUAUUGCUGCAGCUGCAAGGUCACCUGACCGGAACUUGCCUCUUAAUCCUCCAUCAAGUCAUGGAACAAGUCCCAUGUUUUGCAGCCCAGGUUCUUUUGGUGCCAGUUCUUUAUCAAGUCUAGGCACGAGUGGUUCUUAUGCAGAAUCUGGCAGUGAUCGUUUCACAAUUGAAGCAUGUAAGGAGACUGAAAUGUUGAACUACCUCAUAGAGUGCUUUGACAGAGUUGGAAUAGAAGAAAGAAAAGCUCCAAAGAUGUGCAGUCAACCAUCUGUUAGUCAGCUGCUCAGCAACAUCCGAUCCCAGUGUAUCUCCCAUACAGCUCUUGUGUUGCAGGGGGCCCUCACACAGCCAAGGUCCUUGUUGCAGCAGUCAUUGCUAGUACCAUAUAUGUUGUGUAGGAAUCUUCCGUAUGGCUUCAUUCAAGAGCUAGUUAGAAUGACCCAUCAGGACUCUGAGGUAUUCAAACAGAUCUUUAUUCCAAUCAUACAAGGUCUUGCACAGGCUGUGAAAGAGUGUUCUUUAGAUGGUGAUAAUUUCAAGUAUCCACUUGUGGCUUUACAAGAAUUAUGUGAAAUUAAAUUUGGGAAGACACAUCCUGUGUGCACUUUGGUGAUCUCACUUCCUUUGUUUUUGCCUGAUCCUUUAAGUCAAGGAACAGGCAGAGAGUUGCAGAGACUUUCAGUCCUUGGCUCGUUCUUCAGCCUGUCUGUGUUUGCAGAGGAUGAUACAAGAGUUGUUGAGAAAUAUUUCUCUGGACCUACACUUACACUUGAAAAUACUAGAGUUGUUAGUCAGUCCUUGCAACACCAUCUAGAAUCAGCCAGGACUGAUCUCUUCAAAAUUUUGCACAAUAUUUUACUUAACGGUGAGACUAGAGAGUCUGCAUUAAAUUACAUGGCAGCAGUGGUAAAUCGCAAUAUGAAGAAAGCACAAAUGCAGACAGAUGACCGACUGGUAUCAACGGAUGGGUUCAUGUUGAAUUUUUUGUGGGUGCUGCAGCAACUGAGCACAAAGAUCAAGCUAGAAACUGUUGACCCAAUGUACAUUUUCCACCCAAAGUGUCGCAUCAACAUACUGUCUGAUGAGACACGUGUGAAAGCCUCAAUGGAAGACAUUAAAAGCUGGCUUUCUGAACUCAAUGAUCAGUCUAAGUUUGCUGAGCCAAAGUUCCCUACGGAAUGCUUCUUCCUGACCUUACAUGCACACCAUCUUGCUAUCUUGCCAAGUUGCCGCCGAUAUAUAAGAAGAUUACGAGCUAUUCGAGACCUCAACCGGACUGUGGAGGAACUGAAAAAUAGUGAAAGUCAGUGGAAGGAUUCUCCAUUGGCAAGCAGACACAGGGAGAUGUUGAAACGAUGCAAGACUCAAUUGAAGAAAUUGGUGCGGAGCAAAGCAUGUGCUGAUGCUGGUUUAUUAGAUGAGAAUCUGUUGAGAAGAUGCCUCCAGUUUUAUGGCACAUUAAUUCAACUGAUCUUUCGUCUGGUUGAUCCACGCUACCCAGACAUGACACUGCCCCUAAAUCCAGAGAUCCCCAAGGUGUUUGCAGCAUUGCCUGAAUUCUAUUUAGAAGAUAUUGCAGAAUUUUUGCUGUUUAUUGUACAAUAUUCCCCUCAGGUUUUAUAUGAACCUUGUACUCAGGACGUUGUGACCUUCCUUGUUGUAUUUAUCUGUAGUCAGAACUAUAUCCGAAAUCCUUACUUGAUUGCCAAGCUGGUAGAAGUCAUGUUUGUAACAAAUCCAGCAGUUCAGCCUCGAACACAGAAAUUCUAUGAGAUAAUGGAGAAUCAUCCAUUGGCUACAAAACAGCUUGUGCCUGCGUUAAUGAAGUUUUACACAGAUGUUGAACAUACUGGAGCAACCAGUGAAUUCUAUGACAAGUUCACUAUCCGUUACCACAUCAGCACAAUCUUUAAGAGCCUAUGGCAGAAUGUGGCACAUCAAGGUACCUUCAUGGAAGAGUUUAAUUCAGGAAAGCAGUUUGUUCGUUACAUCAAUAUGCUCAUAAAUGACACCACCUAUCUGCUGGAUGAAAGUCUGGAUUCUCUCAAACGCAUCCAUGAGGUACAAGAAGAAAUGAAGAACAAAGAGCGCUGGGACUCAUUGCCCAGGGAUCAGCAACAAAGCCGGCAGUCACAGCUGACACAGGAUGAGCGUGUCUCCCGCUCAUACCUUGCUCUAGGCGCAGAAACAGUGGAUAUGUUUCAUUAUCUCACCAAACAAGUACAAAAACCUUUCCUUAGACCUGAACUUGGCCCGCGCCUAGCUGCCAUGUUAAACUUUAACCUGCAACAACUGUGUGGGCCUAAGUGUCGUGACCUAAAGGUAGAGAAUCCAGAAAAAUAUGGUUUUGAACCAAAGAAGCUUUUGGAUCAACUGACUGAUAUUUACCUGCAUUUAGACUGUCCCCGGUUUGCAAAAGCCAUUGCUGAUGACCAGCGAUCAUACAGUAAAGAAUUAUUUGAUGAGGUGAUUUCAAAAAUGAGGAAAGCGGGAAUUAAAUCAACAAUAGCUAUUGAAAAAUUUAGACUUCUGGCAGAAAAGGUGGAAGAAAUAGUCACAAAGAAUGCGCGUGCAGAAAUUGACUAUGGAGACGCACCAGAUGAAUUUAGAGAUCCAUUGAUGGAUACUCUGAUGAAUGAUCCUGUGAAAUUACCCUCUGGGACCAUAAUGGACCGUUCUAUUAUUUUAAGACACUUGCUGAAUUCACCAACAGAUCCAUUUAACCGUCAACACCUGACUGAGAAUAUGUUGGAGCCAGUGCCUGAACUGAAGGAAAAGAUCCAUGCCUGGAUGAAAGAGAAGCAACAUGCAAAUCGUUCUUCACAGUGAAGUGUUACUUAUGUGGGAUACAAUGAGAAAAAUGUGUAGUUGUGAACUUAGACCACCAGAUUAUUAAGACCCAAACGCAAAUCUGCUCAACACUGAGGCUGUGCAGGCUACGUCUGCUGCACUGAUGUUAAAAAGGGUGAACUGAACGCAUUAGGAAAAUGUAAUGUCUCUGUAAAUAAAUCUAAUUUAAAGAACAAAAAUAGCUAAAAGGAGAGAAGUUCAGUGGUAUUGGGUACAAUUUAGAAUACCUUUUUCAGUACAGCUACACGUGACCAAUUCCCUUGUAGCAAUUUUGAAACAAAAAGGGUCUGAGCAAACAAUGUUUUUUAAAAUGACUGUAUUAACAGAAGAUGGUCUGUAUUUUAGGUUGACGUUAUUACUGUAUCUUGCGACCAGUCGCUGCUAAAGGGACUGUUUUGUUUGCUGCACUAAAUGUUUCUCAAAACCAAAGUAACGCACAGGCCCUUUCCCUAAAACCUGAUGUUUUAAUUAUGAGACAUAAUCAGUUGGCUCACAGGAUUAAUGGUGAGACUGUUGAAUUCUAUUUGUUUACCAUUAACUUAUAUUUUUGUCUCUAGCUUUUCUUCCCCACCCGCCCCCUGACACCAGUGCUUUUGUGCAAACUCUGUAGCAAGCAAGCGAGGUUAUGGAGUUCAUCCAUUUCUGCUGAACCAUGUUCUAUGACCAUCGUUUUUUCCACAGUAUGAUCUGCAUUAUUGAAAUAUUUUGAUUGCAAUAAGGCUUUUUUUUAAACGAGGGAUUUUCUCCAAGAAAUUACUUCAGUCCAACUGCUGUUGGAUUGCCUUCCUCUCCCUGAGGACCUUUUACUGCUACAGCACACUAGAGGGCACUCUUGUUUGCCAGGAGUUCCUUCAGCCUUAUAUCAAUGUGUUUUAACUAGUAUAUGUUGGGUGCCACUUCAGUGACUACCUAAUAAGUGAAUAAAAAUGAAAACUCCAAAUUCUUUUUUUUCUAUCGGCCCUGUUGUAUUCACUCCUGUUACAUUAAUUUGAGCUUUUAAUUCUUUGUAAGUUGACUACAUUUUCUACAUUCUCUGUAAUUUGCUGCGAAGCUUGUUAUUUCAACAGUCCUGAAUUGCAGCAAGCUGAGGUAAUGUGAAGUUACUUUGCAUUAUGGAAAAUCUUCUUUGAAAAUUAAAUAAAGUAUGCAAGAAAACUCCCAAAUUACAAGUGAUUUCCAAAUAACUGAGUCGCUCACAGUUCCACAAAAAUGCUUCAACUGAAGAAUUGACUCUGCUGCCAUUUCUGCAUCUGAUAGUUUAGAAAUCAUCCAGUAUCACUGGAAUAUCUUGAUGUUAUUUUAAACUGCAGCACUGUGACAUCUGCAAUUCUGCAUGCAUCCAGUUACAGUGACAAAAUUGAGCUAGCCACCAUUUCCUUUCAGUGAAGCUACAUCUGUGUUAACGGGGAAGGGAAAUCCAGUUAUCAGGUUUGAGUAUGUGGGCAUAUUGCUCCAUUUUAUAUAGUGACCAGUGUUGUGCUGCUAUACUCAAUUUGCAGGCCUUUGCUGUAACUGAAUGAUGACUGCUCUGCUGCAUAACACUUUGAGCUCAGAAUUUGGGGCAACACGGUGGCUCAGUGGUUAGCACUGCUGCCUCACAGCACAGAGUCCCAGGUUCCAUUCCAACCUCAGACAACUGUCUGUGUGGAGUUUGCACAUUCUCCCCAUAUCUGUGUGGGUUUCCUCCCACAGUCCAAAGAUGUGCAGUUCCGGUGAAUUGGCCAUGCUAAAUUGCCCACAGAGUUAGGUACAUUAGUUGGAGGGAAAUGGGUCUGGGUGGGUUACUCUUCGGAGGGUUGGUGUGGACUGGUUGGGCCGAAGGGCCUGUUUCCACAUUGUAGGGAAUCUAAUCAAUUGUAAUAGUCUAGCUUAAUUCUUUUGCAGUAAAAUCUGUAAAUGUGCAAAAUCAUUACAGGAACAGCAAUAAGUGGAAGCUGCAAUAUGAAAUGCUGUCAAAGGAAAUUGGAAUUUUAUUAUAACUUUAAACAGAUUGUCAAGACUUAGCUCUUAUCCCUACCAUUCUAUGCACAUUGAGUGCCUCUAUUCCUGCAAGUUUUCUUCAAGAUCUCUGUUUCAUUUCAGCUGCCAGUAGAUCGAUACUUCAAAUUCAUGUCUGGUGUAAAUAUUUCCAUUAAAUAUUUUACAAUGCUCUUAGAUUUCAAAUCAGUUUUACACUUUUUAUUUCAAAUUGUACCGAUUCUUAAUCGUAGUGGUAUGUUCUUUUAAUGCAAUGUACUUGAGGAAGAUAGCCGAUGAGUUAAUUGAAGACGUUUUCAAAUUGCUGGCUAUGAACUGUGGUGAUUUUCACUGCAAAUCUCCAGCAAGCAUAUUUCUAACACAUGACAGUCCAUUUAAUCCUGUGCAAGCAAUUUUAAAAUUCCGGGCCCGUUUCAGUACUUAACAUCUGUGUACUUCCACCCUAAUUCUAGAUUAAAUAAAUGUUGUCACAUCAAAUGCUGGUCAUUUACAUCUCCCCAUUAUACAAUUAAUAUCUGUUGAUAGUUCUGUGCAAAAUUUGAAAAUGUAUACUAAAUAAUCUGAACAUUGAAAAUCUAUAAAAUAUUUGGUCUUAAAAGAGAAACUGGAAUUCAGCAAUAAAAGUGCAAAAUGAUGGAAGUGCACAGUCAGCUCAGGGAUGUUAGUAAAGAGAAAAGACAGGCCAAUGUUUGAGGUGUCUAUUCUGCUAAAAUACCCAGGGAUUUGAAUCUGCCAUGUCUCUAAAUACUGGCUGGCCAGCUGUGCAUUUCUACCCCUUUUUAUAUUUGUUUUAUCCGAUGCCUAAAUUUAGUUUGACUAUUGUUGCAAAAUAUAAAUCCAGCUUCAUAAAUGUCUAAUCCAAUCAGUAUUAACGACUCUUUUUGAAUUGUUAAACUGGUAUUCUAGCUGUUUUAGUGGAGUGUCUUGCUCGACGUGUUGCAAAUAACAGUUCAACAAGAAAAACCAGUGUGUUCUCCUGAAUAGAGCUUUUACACAUCAUGGCUCAGGGUAGUGCGCACUCCUCUGAGUCAGGUGAUUGUGGGUUCAAGUCACAUUUCAGAGACUUAGACGCAACAGCAGCAGCAGAGUCGGCAGAAGUGCUGCCCGUUGAGAUGUUAAACUGACUUUGUCAAGUGCCUAAAAUGUAGAAUAUAAACAGUAAAUGUUUAACUAGCUACUGGUCUUGUACCUGCCCACAUCCCUGCAAAUAGAAUAUUUAAAUAUAAAAUGCUGUUGCUAAAGUAUGGACAUUUUCUACAGCAGCAGUGUUACAUGCAAUAGGAGUAGAUCAUUAAAUAAAUAAAUUCAGACUAAUUAUUUUAAUAAAUGAAUCUUGUGCAUUUUUUCAUUUGUCCUUUUCAGAAUCCUCCCUGUUUAAUCUUUUGAGCCAAAAUUCAUUGGUGUGGCCAGAUAUUGUUGGAUUUUGUUUUCUCUUUAAACAGGAAGGAUACUGUGCAGAUAACGAACAUCUGAGGUGCCUCUCUGUAAGUUGUACAACCUAUCAUAGAGCUGCCACUGAUUAUGAGCGUAUGUGAGGCAUAAUCUAUCCUUUUCCAGUUCAGAUCAGUCUUAAUUUUAUCUGAACUUUGAAAUUCAUUUUUGCUGCUGAUGUAAAUUUUGAGGAGACCUGGUGAGAAAAUAGAUGACCCUUUCUAAUCCAGAGCCUUUCUCAAGACAAAGCAAUUCAAAUUUACGAUUUCAAGUAAUGUCCCAGUAUUAGCAUUUUGAGCAAAUGUAGACAUUCUCCGAUUUCUCACUGAUGCCCCGUUUAAAUUCAAGGCCUUAACUAUUUUAGCAUUUGUGAUGCUGUUGUUGCAAAAAGGAUAAUUGAGACCAUUCUGGACUGGAAAGAAUCUAAGAUUCAGAUCUGUUGCAUCAGGUAAUUUGAAGGUCUUUAAGCAAUUACUCCAAUACCCUGAUAAUGUGAUUGUACUCACCUUUCCUUUUUAUCCCACAACUGUUGAACUGGACUUCUGGCUCUGCAACAAGAAAAUGAGGAAAUUAACAGCUACAUUGUCCAAUAAAAAUUUGCAUUUUUGGUAAUGUCAUACUGCCCCUUGCUGCAGGUACUUGAAUUUCUGGUUUAUUUUUUAUUUUAAAAAGCUGGAAGUUUUCUUUGUUUUCUAAUAAAUGCUGUUGUAAUCAGAGAACUGUUUUUAAUGAUAAACCUGCUCAGAAUGGUGAUUCCUCGAACUUUGCCUGAUUGCCUCGAACUUUGAAUUCCAAUAAAUGGUGGUAUACGUCUCAAAUACAAAAUGGUAUCAUUGUCUUCUACUGGGUUAGCGAGUCAUCGUUUUCUGUUUGAAGCCAAAUGUAUUUGCACUUUAGUGACCUUUUACUCUGAA